AAUUCAGUUGUUUUUCUUCUUUCCUAGAAACUUCCGCCCUGUAAUUCUACUCCUCCUCCUCCUCCUUAAAUAAUAAUCUCAUCAAUCUUCACCUUCAAUUUCAUCGUAUGGAAGAUUGGGACAAUCUGUUUGAUUUUGAUCUUACUUUCCCAACCGACGAUGAUGUAAUCAUUCCACCAGAUGAUGAUGUGAACAACCAGUCUCCUCCGCUGUCGGUGGAUGACAUCGAGCAGUUGCUUUUCAAGGAUGACGACGACAAUCAACUUCCUACCGAUGCCUUUCUUGAUGAUAUUUUGCUUGAUUCCCCUUUAGAGGAGGAGAAAUCCGGUGAAGUUGUCGAUUGUUCCGAUUCCGCAGAGGAUCAGAAGAAUGAAGAAGAAAAAGACGAUGAUGAUCCACUCGCUAAGAAGCGGAAAAGACAACUGAGGAACAGAGAUGCGGCUCUAAGAUCACGAGAGAGGAAAAAGAUGCAUGUCAAAGAUCUGGAGUUGAAGAGCAGGUACUAUGAGGGUGAAUGCAGGAGAUUGGGCUCUUUACUCCAGUGGUAUAUGGCCGAGAAUCAAGCCCUACGCUUUUCGUUGCAUAGUAGUAGUAGUAAUGCUUCCAUGACCAAGCAGGAGUCUGCUGUGCUCUUGUUGGAAUCCCUGCUGUUGGGUUCCCUGCUUUGGUUAACGGGCAUAAUGGCUGUCCUUCCCAGCCUUGUGCUACUACUAGUGCUGCACCACCAAAGUCAAAGUCAACGGGUAACCGUGGUAGAAGAAAAGCAUCUACCAAGUCUGGCUCUAAGGAAGGUGGAAGGAACUAAAACCCUUUCCGUUGGUAAGCGAUUCAAAGCCUCUCGCUCAAGGAUGAGGCGUUUUCUUCGGGUUGUAAGCGAUAUCCUAUCUGUUUUUUGAUUUUUUUUUUUUGGUGAUAGUUGUCGUCUCUUUUAGCCUGUCUGGAUAAUAAGAUAGUAUGAGACUAUGUAUGUCUUUUAAUUUUGUGGUUAAUCUUAUCUUCUUUUUGGAUGGCUUAGCUGGUCAAAGUUUAAUGAUUUGACUUUGUUUGUUGGCUGAUUAUGAGCAGCCAAGGUUGUAUAAAUGGCUAAGGGUUAAGUUAAGUUUAUAUGAUAUGAUAUCAACUUUUGAAUUA